GCAGGGCGGGGGGUGCGCAGCCCUCGCCGGGCUCGGAGGGCGCCGGGGCGGCGGGAGGCGGGGGGGGCAUCCCGGGAGGAUGGCAGAGCCGCCCCGGCGAGCCGAGCCCCGGCGCGCAGGGAGCCAGUGAGAGGGAGGAGAGGGGAAAACACAAACAAGCAAACAACCCACAACAAACAAAGCGGGCAGAGAGCAGCGCCGAGCCCCGCCGCCCCUGCCCCAAAGGCGCCCGCCCGCCCGCAGCCCGCACAGCCGCUGCCCCAGCGAAGAUGCGCCCGGCCCUGGCCCACGGACUCUGCUCGCUGCUGCUCAGCCUCUGGGUACCCAGCUCCUGCUCCAACGAGAUCCUGGGCCUGAAGCUGCCAUCAGAGCCCGUGCUGAAUGCCAACACGGUGUGCCUGACCCUGCCGGGGCUGACGCGGCGGCAGCUGGAGGUGUGUGUGCGCCACCCGGACGUCACCGCCUCGGCCAUCCAGGGGAUCCAGAUUGCAAUCCAUGAGUGCCAGCACCAGUUCCGGGACCAGCGCUGGAAUUGCUCCAGCCUUGAGACCAAGAACAAGAUCCCAUACGAGAGCAUCAUCUUCAGCAGAGGCUUUCGCGAGAGCGCCUUUGCCUAUGCCAUAGCGGCGGCUGGCGUGGUGCACGCUGUGUCCAACGCCUGUGCCCUCGGGAAGCUGCAGGCCUGCGGCUGCGACCAGAAGCGCCGCGGCGACGAGGAGGCGUUCCGCCGCAAGCUGCACCGCCUGCAGCUGGAAGCCAUGAACCGCGGCAAAGGCAUGGUGCACGGGGUGCACAUGGAGCACAUGCCGGCAGAGACCCCCGGCCUCCAGGACUCCUGGGAAUGGGGAGGGUGCAGCCCGGAUGUGGACUAUGGAGAGAAGUUUUCCAAGGAUUUCCUCGAUUCCCGGGAAACCUACAGGGAUAUCCACUCCCGCAUGCGGCUGCACAACAACCGCGUGGGCCGGCAGGUGGUGAUGGACAAUAUGAGGAGAAAGUGCAAGUGCCACGGUACCUCAGGGAGCUGCCAGCUGAAGACAUGCUGGCAGGUGACGCCCGAGUUUCGCCUGGUGGGGUCCCUGCUCAAGGACCGUUUCUACGGGGCCACGCUCAUCCGGCCCCACAACCGCAACGCGGGGCAGCUGGAGCCGGGCCACGCUCGGCAUCGCCGCCGGGCUGGCAUCAGCGAGCUGGUGUACUUUGAGAAGUCACCCGACUUCUGCGAGCGAGAACCGGCCCUGGACUCCCUGGGCACUCAAGGGCGCCUGUGCAACAAGACCAGCCCGGGCAUGGACAACUGCGAGAGCCUGUGCUGUGGCCGCGGGCACAACAUCCUGCGGCAGACGCGCAGCGAGCGCUGCAACUGCAAGUUCCACUGGUGCUGCUUCGUGGCCUGCGAGGAGUGUCGCAUCACCGAGUGGGUCAGCGUCUGCAAGUAGCCAGGCGGGCAUGGGUGCCCACCCCAGGGUGCCAGGGACAAGCGCGCCUGCCUGCGGCAGGGGAGGGAGACGGGGAUUGGCGCUGGCGGGGAGGUGGAGCCGCGAUACCCGCUUCCCUCCGCUCCGAGGGAGCAGGAGAGGACAUGCUCGGCACCCUCCAAAAUCAGCACUUUGUCGUCACCUGGGAAGGGCAGGGCUGCCCGCUGCCCCCCAACCCCACAUGAGAGCACCAAGGCUCCCGGCCCCGGGGAGCGCACGGCCAUGCUGUACAGACCGCCGACACCAGCACCACUCGGGGGGCGGAGGGUGGGCGCGGGGUGGGGACUGCCCGCUGGCACCCAGCGGGACGGAGCAGGAUGGGGUCGUGGACAGCAGGGUAGGGGGAGCCCAGGGUGGGAGGGAAGUGGGGGACACACACACUAGCACUGUGCACAAGUUCCUCCAACCACAUACGAGGUUGUGCUCGGAGCAGGAUGGGGUUGGAGCACCCCAUGGGAUGGAGAAGGGUCACAGCUCCCCGGGCUGGGGCUCACCUCACCUCUGGGCUGGCUUGGGCUGUAGUAUCAUGGCCGGAGGGGCGGGUGCCCGGGGCUGUGCUGUGUAUGUCUGUGUUAUUAUAUGGUAAGUUAUUUUCUGAUUGUGAAUAAAAGUGGAUUGGAGACAGCACAGGGUAUUUCAGGAUGCAGCGCCCUGCUCUUCCUGCUGUCAAGGGCUCUCCAUUCCUCUAGGGUAACAAAAGGAUGGAGGGGGACCCUCGGUGCCACUGACCUACUUGUGUGAGACUCUCCCUGGUGCUCUGCUGCCAUCCCAUAAUAACCAUCCUAUGAGCUGUCUGCAGACUGGCAAGAGGUGGGGACCCAUCGCAGGCAUCCCCAACACUUGCAAGGUGGCUGCUGGGAAGCUUCUGCCCAGCUGGAUGCAUGCUAGACCCCAUCCAGCCCAUGGGAAUCCUGGCUGUUGCCCCCAUGCCCGUGACCAUGCUGGGGCUGGGAGCUGCCCCACUGUCUCCCACAUUCCUGGGGAGGGAUGGUGGGGCUGGAGGGCAGGGAGAGGGAAAGGCAGAGUGGGUGGGCCAGGCAAUGGGGGUCUGCAAAUGGCAGCUUGCUGUGGUGGUGGGGAGGGCACCCAUUUGUCUGCAGCAGCCUGCAGGGGCCAGGCAGUGAAUCAUGCUGCUGCUGUCUCCUGGCUGAUAACUUCUCUGCUCCUCCCACGGCUGUGCACCCCUUGGGGCACAAAAAAAAAAUAGAAGUGAAUUAAAAAAAAACAAACAA